UUUUGAUUUUUUUUAUUUUGUAAUUUAUAGUUUAAAAAAAACUCUACAGACGAUGGCGAAGAAUCUGGUGAAAUCCGUUGGCGUUAGGGUUACUCCUCCGCCGCCAUCAAAUUCCUCAUCGAAAAGUCCAAGUAAUCGCGUCGGUGGCGGUUGCAGCGCACGAUCUGGUGACUGGAAACGAGUUUUCUUGCAGAACAAUGCUAAUUUCGAACGAAGCGCGAUUCCGUUGCGGUUCAUGUACUUUCGUAACGAUUCGUGGAAUAAUUUCUCGGUCGGUGUUGUAGAAACACUACGAGCCGCUUUCCUGGAGCGAAAACCGAUUAUCGAAGCUUCGAUUGACGGUGCGAAGUACAUAUUUGAUUUGAAGAGGAUGUUGCAGAUUGAGUACUCGACGGGAAAUUGUCGGUCAAUUUCUUGGAUCGACGAAACUGGCAAGUGUUUUUUCCCAAGCGGUUUUUUUUGCGAAGAAGAGUUUAUGCAAUUAGAAUGUAGUGAGUGGGAUGAUAAUUGCAAUCCUAAUAUUGAGAUUAAGGUCAAGGUUGAUCAAAGCUCAUGCAAGAAAAAGCGAGAGGAACCGGAAGUGAGUUCGUCUUACGAUGCCGCCUGUGGAAAUGGAGCGAUUAAAUGUCAGCGUUUGGAAGAGGCAGGAGCUGUUAAAUGGCCCAACACGGAGAAGUUAAAAGAAACAGAGAGAGCGUAUUUGAUCAUCAAGGAUUAUUUCUUGAGCGGGAUAACAAAAGUUGAUGCUGGGGUUAGGAUUGCUGCAAUUCAUCAGUGUAAGAUGGAAGCGCAUUUUGACAAGGCUCGUUUUGAGGUUUUCCUAAAGCAGAUUGAGAUUACUAAGGCUGCAAGAGGCACUUCAAAUAUGGUUUAUGCAUGGUUUGGUGCUUCCACCAAGAUGGUGGAAAGUAUUAUGGUCCAUGGAUUUGGUUUGCCUAGUAAGAUUCCCGCAUCUGAUGUUUAUGGGAUUGGCGUGUAUUUAUCUCCGCUAGGGUUGCCACACUUGAGUGCAAAACUGGUCGAUGCCGAUGAUAACGGUUUAAAACAUCUUAUUCUGUGUCGGGUAAUAUUGGGAAAUGUUGAAAAAGUGGAAGCUGGAUCGGAACAGUAUCUCCCAUCUAGUGUGGAUUUUGACACUGGUUCUGAUGAUCCCAUGAACCCAAAGUGGUAUGUAGUAUGGUCAAGUAUUGCAAACAUGCAUGUUCUUCCUGAGUCUGUUGCGAGUUUCAGACCUUCUUGUAACAUGCAAGGUCAAGCGAGGCCAGCUAUGGAUGUCAAGUAUUCCCUGGACAAAUUGUUUUUGAAGAUUAAGGAUUCUCUUCCUCCUGUCAAAGUCCAGGAAAUAUUAACUGCGUACAGCACAUAUAAGGCUGGAAUCAUAGCCAAGGAUGCUUUUACAAGGAAAUUACGUGAGGUUGCAGGGGAUGAGGUUCUGAGAUCUGCAAUUCAGGAGAUCAAUGCUUCUGGAUGAUUUGAAAGUGUUGGAAUUGUCUGGAUUACAUUAUUUAUUUUGAUACUUUUUUUGAGAGGAGAAAAAAAACAAAUGUAAUUGUUACCCUCACAACUAGUAUAGGAAACCGUUAAACAACAAAAAUUCUUCUCAGUUAUUUAUUUAUUAGGAGGGGUUUGGAGUUCCUUUUUGUUUUAUAACUCAGUACAUGUAGCAAUCAUGAUUCAAGAAAUUAAAAAGUU